AUAUAUAAAGAUACUUCAUAGUUCAUAAGGUCCCAAAAAAUAUUUAUAGAACUACACAACAUGUUGCUUAUAAUUCUUUGCGUUGGGUUGCUACCGUUUGGUUUUGCAUCCAUUAACACAACCUGUCUUUCAGCCGAUGAAGGUAAUGCAUUGAAUGAGAUAGGACGGAAGCUGGGUAAAGAUUGGGAUUUCGAAGGGCGUUUGUGUUGUGAUUGGGAAUAUCCUUCUAAUGACACGUACGAAAAUAACGUCCGUUGCAACUGUGAUCGAUCAAACAGCACAACAUGCAACGUUAUUGCCGUAAGUCUCAAAGGACAAAGCCUACAAGGAAUUCUCCCGCUCGAAUUCGUCAAUCUUCGUUUCCUCGAAAUCAUUGAUUUAACUCGCAACUAUCUCAGUGGUACCAUCCCUCCGCAAUGGGGCUCCAUGGAGCAUCUUCGAAACAUUUCUCUUAUCGGAAAUCGUUUAAAUGGAUCAAUACCAAAGGAACUUGGAAACAUCAGCACAUUGCAAACUUUAACCGUAGAGGACAAUAUGAUGUCGGGAAUAAUUCCAGAGGAACUUGGGAAUCUUUCAAGCAUAGAGAGAUUAUUUUUCAACUCCAACUUUUUUACUGGAGAGUUGCCUGCGUCGUUUGCAAAACUGACAACCAUGAAGGAAUUUCGGAUUGGUGGUAACAACUUCUCUGGGAAGAUCCCUGAUUUCAUUGGACAAUGGAGAAGUCUCGAAUCCUUAAGGAUUCAGGCCAGUGGAUUGGAGGGGCCAAUACCUUCUAACAUUACUCUAUUGGAAAGCCUAACAGACUUGAGAAUCAGUGACUUGAGAGGACGAGACACCCCCAUCCCACCCAUUAGUAGUACAACGCGUUUCAAGAACCUGAUCUUGAGGAGUUGCAACUUAAUCGGCCAGUUACCAGAAUCUCUUGCCCCACAAAAUCUGAAAGUCUUAGACUUCAGCUUUAACAAGCUUAAUGGAUCCAUUCCUCCAGGGUUCGCUGAACUAAACCGCACCGACUUCAUCUAUCUUACUGGAAAUUUGCUAUCUGGAAGAGUGCCUAAUUGGAUGCUCACUAUAGGAGAUGAUAUUGAUUUGUCGUACAACAAGUUUACAUAUAAUUGCCCUCCCAGCUGUCAUGAGCGGGAGACAAACUUGUUUGCUUCAUCUUCAGAUGAUACCAUCUCCAACAAGGUCUUAUGCUUGCGGAACAGUGAUUGUCCAACAUAUUGGUCCUCCUUGCAUAUCAAUUGUGGCGGUAAGGAACUAAGCGUUGGAGAUGAUUCUUAUGAACGGGACAUGCAAUCAGGUGGUCCUUCAUAUUUUGAUUCAACUGGAAGUCGAUGGGGAUUCAGCAACACUGGUCACUUUAUGGAUGACGAUAACCGUGAUAGUUAUAUUGUGGACAAUACUUCUAGACUCUUGAUGAACAACACUCAACUGUACAUGCAGGCACGAGCGUCAGCAUUAUCUUUGACAUAUUAUGGUUUUUGUUUGCUUAGUGGAAGCUACACUGUAAGCCUUCACUUUGCCGAGAUCUCUUUUACUGAUGACGAAACAUAUAACAGCCUUGGGAGGCGUGUAUUUGAUAUAUACAUUCAGGGUAAUCUGGUUGAGAAGGAUUUUGACAUCAGUGAGAGAGCAGGUGGGGUUGGGAAAGCAAUCGUGAUACCUUAUCCCGCAAAUGUUACAAAUGCUUUGGAAAUCCGACUUUAUUGGGCUGGAAAAGGAACAAUAAAUAUCCCAUUCCGAGGAACUUAUGGUCCUCUUAUUUCAGCUGUAUCUGUGGAUCCUAAUUUUCCGGUCCCGAAAGAUGGAAAUGGUGUGUCUGGAGGGACAGUGGCUGGAAUUGUGGUCGGAACACUUUGCCUUAUCAUCUUAAUUCUUGGAGUUUUAUGGUGGCGGGGUUUUUUAAGAUGCAGAGAUUCUACGGAACUAGAGCUGAAUGGUCUAGAGCUUAACACUGGUUCCUAUACACUGAGACAAAUCAAAACUGCAACAAACAAUUUUGAUGUUGCUAACAAAAUUGGAGAAGGCGGUUUUGGCCCCGUUUACAAGGGAGUAUUGCAGGAUGGCACCUUAAUAGCAGUAAAACAACUUUCCUCUAAAUCAAAACAGGGAAAUAGGGAGUUUUUGAAUGAAUUAGGCGUGAUUUCUGCUUUGCAACACCCGCACCUUGUGAAGCUCCAUGGAUGUUGUAUCGAAGGAAACCAGUUGUUGCUUGCAUAUGAAUACAUGGAAAAUAACAGCCUUGCUCGUGCUUUAUUUGGGCCUAAAGAAUGGAAGUUGGAACUUGAUUGGCCAACAAGAUACAGGAUAUGCAUCCAAAUAGCGAAAGGUCUUGCUUUUCUCCAUGAAGAAUCAAGAUUAAAGAUUGUGCACCGAGACAUUAAAGCAACUAAUGUGCUGCUUGAUAAAAAUUUGAAUGCCAAAAUUUCUGAUUUUGGUUUGGCUAGGCUUGAUGAAGAGGAUAACACCCAUAUAAGCACCCGUGUUGCUGGAACUUAUGGAUAUAUGGCUCCCGAAUAUGCACUACGUGGUUACCUAACAGAUAAAGCAGAUGUCUAUAGCUAUGGAAUUGUCCUUUUAGAGAUCGUGAGCGGGAGGGGUAACAUUGCUGACAAGGCAAAGGAGAAUCAAUUUGUUCUUCUUGAUCAGGCCAUAUCUUUGAAAACCUAUGGUAAUUUGAUGGAGUUGGUUGACCCGAAGCUGGAUUCCAAAUACGACAUCCAAGAGAUGACGGUUGUUAUAAAUCUAGCUCUAGCCUGCACUGCAGUCUCUCCAGCCAAUAGGCCAACAAUGUCAUCAGCAGUUAGCAUGCUCGAAGGAAGAAUAGUACCUCAAGAUUUUUCUUUUGAACAAAGCCGUUCGAUGACUGAAAUAGAUCGUGAAAAAAUGAUGAAGCAACUUGAGAAUACAAACGAGAGCCACAUAGAGGAAAUGUCAAUCCCAUACACUGAUUCGUCAACAUCUGCCGUUGAUUUGUACCCAGUUGACGGGUUUAGUGAUUAUCUGCAAAACAGAUCUAGUGAUACAAAUAAGUUAUUGUCUUAAAUGGUUCGAGAGACAUUUGCUUACAUUUAUGUGUCGAAGUUGAUAGCAACACUUGCUCAGGAAGUUUCAUAUUAUUUUUAUUUGAA